AUGCGGAACAGGGCCAGCACUUCCCUAGCCAAGGGGAAAAUCCGUCAAUCAUGGAGCAAGUACAACUUGUAUAACUUGCAACGAUUCCGCACGCCGGCAACUGCGAACCGCACAUUCUUCCAACAAAAAUGGACCGCAAAGGCUCUUUCCCGCGCUUACCACGGUGAGCAGGUCCGCGAGGGCCAGUGGAAGCGCAUGUUCUCGAAGCGGAUUCGCAGCGUCAUCCCCAUGAGCACCUCCGACCUGGCAGCAGAUGAUGGAUCCAAGACAUCAGCCGGUCGUGGUUCCGGACUUGAGAAGCGUGGCAGGGACUCGGUGACUGCACGUCUCACACCCUACACUCAGAUGGCAUUCGCUCCCCUGGAGCGCCGAUUGGAUGUUGCGAUCUUCCGUUCUCUGUUCGCCAGCAGCACUCGUCAGGCACGACAGUUUGUGAUUCACGGUGCAGUUACAGUUAAUGGACACAAGAUGAGACACCCUAGUUAUCUCCUUAACCCCGGUGACCUCUUCCAAGUCGACCCCGAGCGUGUGAUGUUUGCAACCGGUGCCCCAAAGACCAAGUUCGAGCGACGUGAGACCCGCCAACUCAAGCAGAAGGAGGAAGAGACCGAGGGCGAGACGGAACAGGCCAAAUCGGAGGGUGCCGAGGCGAAGGAGGAUAAGGUGGAGAAUGCCAAAGAUACCCUCAAGGCCUUGAUGGCUCAGGCCAAGACCAUCAUGUCGAAAGACAAGGAUGUCCUCCCAGCCAAGCGCAAGCAGGAGCUGCGCGGGUUCCAGAAGGCAGUGCGCCGUGUUCUGUCCCGUUCCGAAACCAGCACAGUCCUCACCGACAACUUGGAAUCUCAGUUUUCAGAACUGACUCUGCUGCUGAAGGCCAAACGUGCUGAGAAGAAGCCCAAGGAGUCAAAGAAGGAUAAGAAGGACUCGACCGAGGAGACUGCAGUGGCCGAGGAAUCAGAAGGUGCCAGCGACAAGCUCUCCGAGGCAUUCAAGUCUGCCGCCGAGGGCGGCGAGGUCGACACCUCCGAGCUCUCCGACGAAGAAUUCGACGUCCUCAAGCGCGCUCUCACCCAGAUGCGCGACAACCCCAUCGACAACACCAAGUCCUACGCCACACCUUGGCGCCCGCGCGAUUACAUGUCCGCCUUCUCGUUCAUCCCGCGCUACCUCGAAGUCAACCAGAACAUCUGUGCCGCCGUGUACCUACGCCACCCCGUGGCCCGGCCCGGUUCCGCUGAAGUGCCCACGCCCUUCGGUGAGGCAGUCAGCACCCCGGCUUACGGCUGGUACCUGAAGAGACGGUGGUAG